GAGCCUGGGUGAGGCGGUUGGGCGGGUUCGGAGAUUGCGGCGGCGGCGGAGACUGAGGAGCGACUUUGGGGCGGCUCCCAGGUGCGGCGCCUCCUGUUGUGCGGUUUCUCUCGAACUGGUUUGUACGAAUCUACUGAAACAUGUCUAAGCAACAGCCUGCUGAAAAGUUUGCAAAUCCAGAAACCCCUGGUUAUGUUGGAUUUGCAAACCUUCCAAACCAGGUUCAUCGGAAGUCUGUGAAAAAAGGCUUCGAAUUUACCCUUAUGGUAGUUGGUGAAUCUGGAUUGGGAAAAUCUACUUUAAUAAACAGCUUGUUCUUAACAGAUCUCUACCCAGAAAGGAUAAUCCCAGGAGCAGCUGAAAAAAUUGAAAGAACUGUACAGAUUGAGGCCUCAACAGUUGAAAUUGAGGAAAGAGGUGUAAAGCUCCGUCUGACUGUAGUAGAUACACCAGGAUAUGGUGAUGCUAUUAAUUGCCGGGAUUGUUUCAGGACCAUUAUUUCCUAUAUUGAUGAGCAAUUUGAACGUUAUCUUCAUGAUGAGAGUGGCUUGAAUAGACGGCAUAUUGUGGAUAAUCGAGUUCAUUGCUGUUUCUAUUUUAUCUCACCUUUUGGUCAUGGUCUCAAGCCUUUGGAUGUUGAGUUCAUGAAAGCUAUACACAACAAAGUGAAUAUUGUGCCUGUGAUUGCAAAAGCUGAUACCCUUACGCUGAAAGAGCGGGAAAGACUGAAGAAAAGGAUUUUGGAUGAAAUUGAAGAACAUAGCAUCAAGAUUUAUCACUUGCCCGAUGCGGAAUCAGACGAAGAUGAAGAUUUUAAAGAACAGACCAGACUUUUGAAAACCAGCAUUCCAUUUUGUGUUGUGGGAUCCAACCAAUUAAUUGAAGCUAAGGGUAAAAAAGUUAGAGGUCGUCUUUAUCCCUGGGGUGUUGUUGAAGUAGAAAAUCCAGAACAUAAUGACUUCUUAAAACUAAGAACCAUGCUGAUCACUCAUAUGCAGGAUCUUCAAGAAGUGACUCAAGAUCUUCACUAUGAGAACUUCCGUUCUGAAAGACUUAAAAAGGGUGGCCGUAACGUUGAAGAUGAAGAAGUUAAUAAAGAUCAAAUCUUGCUUGAAAAGGAAGCAGAACUUCGCCGAAUGCAGGAAAUGAUUGCAAGGAUGCAGGCACAGAUGCAGAUGCAGAGACAAGGAGGUGAAGGAGAUAGCAAUGCAACUCAUGGGUACAAAGUUUGAAUUAUUUGAUAAGUUUCAUUAAUUGGAAUCAUUUAAGAUUUAAGACACAGAGCCUAUUUUGUGGGAAAAGUUACUCCUUAUCCUGCUGUGACUUGGAAGGUCUGUUAACAUUCAGCAAACAAAUAUAUAGUUAUUGUAAUCUCUAUUUUGUAAACAAAUAAGAUUUCUUUAAUCUUUUUAAAAUGUUCAAUGCAAUAUGAGUUUGUUCAAAUUUACUAAUAUUUUAUUGAGCUGAUUUUACUACGCAGACUAUACAAAUGUGUAGAUUUUCCCUACCCUGUCGUUCCUCUAAUACUAUGGACUAAUGCCACUGUUUUUGUUUUUG